AACACACCAAAACAACGGACUGUCAUUUACAGAAUAUUAACGAAUAAAAGCACAGUGAUGGAUGCGGUUAGGGAAUUGAUUGUACUGUCACAAUUGUUUCUAAGAGCAAUUGUUGCGAUCGACCUAACAUGUGACAGCGUCAAUCCUUUGAUACAAUCUGAUACUACGUGUAUUUGCACAAACGCACCAGCAACAGGCAUAGAUUGGUAUUUGGAUGAUGCGUUCCAUUCAAGCUGUGUGCUGUCUACAAUAUGCGUACCCCAGUACAGUGGUUACAGUUUCUCGAUAAACAUGACUGAAAAUGUUUACAAGAUGACUAUAAAUUCUUAUAAAUAUAGUAAUUGUACAAAGAUAACAUGUAGAGACUCGAGUGAUGGUAGCGUAAUGCAAUCGAUGGUCCCUUCGUCAAUAGUAUUCGAUACGACCUUCCCUACAUCAAUGUCAGAGCCAGGGUCGAACAAUAGCAAUGGUAUUAUUUCUGUGACAACUGGCUGCAUUUCUGGUUUCUCGGACUUGAAGUAUGACUGGUUUAUAAUUGUUGAUGGUUUAGACGAAAUAUAUUCUGUAGAUGAAUCAAGCAAAAUUGACACGAGCGACACAUCUUCGUGCACAAAUUGCAACACGGAUGUAAAUGGAAAGAGAACCGUUGGAAUUAAGCAUACAGAAUCGUCAGGAUCCGGGACUAAAACCGUCCUUUUUAAAGUAUUAUUGCAUUAUGCAUCGGCCAAUUUGCAACUUAAUAUUACAUCUAGCUAUUAUUACACAGUAAAGGGUAAGUUUAUAAUUUUCAACGGUUACUUUUUUAUUUUUUAAAUCAAAUACGUUAUUUCUUAAUAUCCUUGUCGUG